UUGGCUUUGUUUUUUGUUUGGUAUCUUUUUCUAUGGUUUGGUUAGUUUGGUAAUACUGACUGCAUUUAUUUUCUGCCUUUCGCAAGUUUGUCACGAAGGAAAAUGUCUCUCGUAAUACCAGAAAAAUUCCAACAUAUUCUUCGUAUUUUGGGUACGAAUAUCGAUGGAAAAAGAAAAGUUAUGUUUGCUCUUACAGCUAUUAAGGGUGUAGGAAGACGCUAUUCCAAUAUUGUGUUAAAGAAGGCUGAUGUGGAUUUGGAUAAACGUGCUGGGGAAUGUUCUGAAGAGGAGGUUGAAAAGAUAGUUACUAUUAUGUCGAAUCCUCGACAAUAUAAAAUUCCAGACUGGUUCCUCAAUAGACAAAAAGAUAUAAUUGAUGGAAAAUACAACCAGUUAACCUCCUCAACAUUAGAUUCCAAACUUCGUGAAGAUUUAGAACGUAUGAAGAAAAUUCGUGCUCACAGAGGUAUGCGUCACUAUUGGGGUCUUCGUGUGCGAGGUCAACAUACAAAAACCACUGGUCGCCGUGGACGUACUGUUGGUGUAUCCAAAAAGAAGUAAAUUUACUGUUUUGUAUUAAGAUAAAUAAAACAUUUUUGUCAAAA